AUGGGUCCAUCCAAGGCAGACUCGCAGCCACCGGCUCCUUUGGGACCCGUAUUCGCAUCCGUGCGACGUCCAGCGCCCAUGCACGCUCUGCUUGAGAGCCGGUGCAACCUGCUCUGCAGCCAUAAGACCAACCGUGUGGAAGACUCAUCAACCAGGUCAAAGUCCAAAGUCAAGCAUCAGCACACAGGACAGGCGAGAGGUAUCCGAGGAACCAUCGCCAUCGCCGUCUUCGCCUCAAGCGACAGGCUCAUCACCUUGGGUUUCAAGUUCCGCGGCCGUGCAGUUCAUGGAAGAGGCGGGCCAGAGACUUCGGCCUUUUCCGCCAGCCACUGGACAAAAGAACACAAUACACCCGCUGACACUGGUGGCACUGUGCAAGCAUCUGAUGAUGUAUUCCCUGAUUUACCGGCUGAACAGAUGCAGAAGGAUCGUCACAACCCUAGUCAGAGCACUACAGGACAGCAGGUCAAAAGAGCCAGGCCUAGUCCUGCAGAGGCUGAACUCGUGGCCUUGCUGCCUUCACUCGCUCCCGCCGCUCUAUUGGUGGACAACUAUUUUGACAGAGUGCACUGGUUUAUGCUAGUCUUCCAUCAGAGUGAUUUCAGAGAGCUAUUCCGAUGUCUGUAUAGGGAACUCGACGAGCACCGUCGGCCGCAGCCCACCAGUGUUGGCCUAGGCUCUGUGGCUGUCUUUACGGCCGUCUGCGUCGUCAGUCUGCGGUAUAUCAACGGCCGGCAGAGGGCUAGGCUCAUUGAGUGCGGCAUCCAGCCAGACGUCCUGCAGCAACAGCUGCUGACGACGCUUCGGCUACGGCUCCUCGAGAUCGUUUCGCGAGGGUGCAUUGAGGCGGUGCAGGUUUGUGUCCUGCUGGGAAGCUUCCAUCUGUACCACGGCGAGCCGGAGCUGGCUUGGCCGAUCUGCGGGUGUGGUUUGCGCAUCGCACAGGCGCUGAACUUGCACAGGCGGCGGCCCCAGGUUGGUGGCACUGGCCCGCCCGACCUUGAUGACCCGGGGCAGCGCGCCGAGGAGACGCGCAAGAGGUGCUGGUGGGCCGUAUACGAGAUUGAGACGACCUGUUCAAUGCUCUACGGCUUUCCGCUGAGUAUCAAUGACGAUGACUGUGAUGUCCAGCUUCUCAAUCCCUAUCCGCUGAGGUCGGGUGAUGCUUCGUGGGAUUCUGCUGUAAGGCAAGAAACAGGACAAGCAACGCUCCUCUCGUACAAACACGCCAUGGCCCAGCUGGCCAUCAUCGUUAAGGCGGUGUUGACGGAUCUGUAUGGGCUGCGGCGGCGCCGUGUACCUACAAGCAGCAACUCUGGCGCGGCCGACAGGCAACGUUUGCAAGGUUUGAUGACAAGUGUGACCAGUCUUGACAGGAGGCUCCGCGAGUGGCAUGCGAGACUCCCGUUGCAGCUGCGCCCGUCCAUCCUCACUGAUGCUAAAGAAGCGUGCCUCGAGCCAUUUCCGAAUCUUAAUGGCUCCGAUAAGUUGUCUGAAAGGGCGCAUCAACAUCAUCUCUUUCAGCUUCAAGCGCUCGCUCUCAAGGUAGCCUUCGAAAAUGCCAAAAUCUUGAUCCACAGACGACUCCUCUCGUAUCGAAUGGUGGUCUCGCCAACAAAAAAUAACAACACCGCCACAUCGACCAUCUCAGCAACCGCGGAUACGUGGCAGUCCUCGAUACAGGUCUGCCGCGAGGCCGCUCUGGAGAUAUCCAACAUCGGCUCCUUGCCUGUCUUCCAGGGCGUCGCCGACACCUACGCCGUCUCCUUCGUGUCCCUGCACCUGCUUACAGCCGCGAUUGUGCUGUCGAUCCUAACAACGCUGACGCCCCUCACACAGGAGUCGCAUGAUUGUAAAAUGGGUAUUCGGCGGCUGAUGGAAAUGCAGUCACGCUUGAAGGCCAGGUCUAUUGUUGCUGAGCAGGGGCUGGGCAUCCUCAAGAAGCUCAUGUCUCUGGUGCUGACAAAGGAGAUGAAGGAGAUGCUUGAGUUCCCCCGCUCUGGUGACGGGGCUGUUCCAGCGGUAGUAGCGGUCGAGAGAGGCGGUGAUGAUCACAUCGAUGGAGUGCCUCGGGAUGAUCCGAAGGAGCAGGCAUCCGGUGUCGAGCGCCAAGCUGGGACGCAAGACGAGUCCUACCAGACGCGGUCGCACUCCCAGGGCCAACCUCACAAUUCGGUUCCUUCGGAUGCUGCCGCCAUGGCCAUGCCAGUAGCUGAUUCCGGCGACAUUGUGACUCCGGGCUUCAACUUCUACGAGGAUCCGACUAUAACCCAAGCGCUCUUGGACUUUGAGCAAGUCGGAAAUGGUAUCAAAACCAUACGAAGAGCGAUGAGCUACAACCGCCAUCAGGCUCCAGUGGACUUGGAAUCCGUCGCAGCAGACCUUGAGAUAUUGCAGAAGGUGCUUAACGACAUGAAAGACUCUCAGUACAACCUUCUAGUAGCCCUCGCAAUCGAAAGCUGUCAACGGAUGUUCACCGAGAUUGAAACCGAACUAGACAAACUAGCGCAAGCUUUCGGACACAACAAGUCUCGAACGAGUCGAAUAAAAUCUUUGACGACGCAGCUGACUCUCAAGGCUGAAGAUAAUGUCAAGGAUAUAAGAAGGAAAGUGCAAGAGAUCAUGGAAAAAUUGUUCUUACUCGUGACGCUUCAGUUGCGCAUCCGCCUUGCCCUGACAACCGACCGACCGUUCGCAGAAGGAGACUUGAUGCGGUUCUGGUGGCUGGAAUUCACCCCUUCUAUGGGCCUCCGGCAUAAAUGCAGCACUUGCUGCAGUACGAGAUGCGAAUGGAGCGCAAAGCUGCGGCUGGCUCUUACAUGGAUCAACAUUCCCCACGCCGUGACCGUAGGCUUUGCUUUCAUCCGCGACAACGGCCAAUAUGAUCUCAAACCGGCACUGGCCAUUCAACAUGUUGUCAAAAACGUUUCACCGGGGUUUGAGGCGCUCUUCCUGUGUAGGCACUGCUUUAUCAGUGUAGAAGAAACCAAGCAGAGGCUCCGAGAUGUGUACCGGUCCAAUCCUGUGCACUUCAAGCGUCACGUUAAUCCGGCAGGAAAAAGCUACCUUCGACAUCUCAUCAGUUCCCCAUGGCAAGUCCAAAAGAACCAGUUUGAAUUGCUGGAUUUCUUCCUUUCGGAGCUCGGUAUGGACUUUGCUGCUGAAGAUCCUAAACUUCUGAACGACUGCUCGAACUGGAUUGGCGAAGGUUGGCACCUGGAUCUGCUCGAAACUAUCCUCAACCACGGCUUUGCACCCGUUUCUAUCGAUCCUCCAGCCACGAAUCAAUGGCCAGAGCCAUCCAGUCCCAAUUGGAGAUGGGAGUCGAUCACUCCUGAUCCUUUCUUCAUCGAUUACUUUGCCUUGAUUGUGCGUCAUGAGCCAGGAUUUGCCGGAGUUACCGAGAUGCAAGCAAUCAUCUUGGACGAAUCAGCUUAUCCAAGUCCAGAACAAAGGCUUCACAAUCAAAGAGAGCCUCUUUUCACGGUAAACUUUCUGGGGCAAUCCUCGUUGCAUCUAGCGGUUGGCAACAUACAGAACGUAACAAUGCUGCUGGACCUGGGCCACGAUUUGGACUCGACCGAUAGGUGGGGGAUAACACCCUUGAUGUAUGCCGCAGGUAUGGGCUUUGAGGAAGUCGCCGUCCAUCUCCUUCUGAAGAGAGCAAAUCCUGGCCUACGAGACCACCGUUUCAACCGCACCUUUUUGGAUUAUGCCAUCAUUCGCGGCCAUUGGAACUUGAUUCAUAAGACGCUCUCGGCUUUACAAGACAUUUACCCACACAAAGUCUAUCAAGUGUUUGUAAAACUUGUGGUAUUCCGAGCAAUGACAUCAGGCCUCUUUGAUGUUACGGAGGACACAAGACGGCAGCAUGUGUCAAAGAUUAUUCGGCUCUGCGACGAUGUCAAUUUCUGUUUCAACGACUCUUCUCAAUCUGUGACCGACAACAACCUGAUGCACUACGCCGAGACAGUCGAGGAGGCAGAAGCUCUCGUGUGUCGUGGUUUUAACGGGUUCAACCAGCCCAACAGCGACGGGAGGCUCGCGAUGCAUUCUAAGAUGCACAACAAAGCGUUGCUCAAUUUUUUCGUUGAUCAUGGAACUGAUAUCAACCACGUGGACGCAACGGGUAGGACACUGCUCUUGGUUUUGUUAUCAAGUCUCCAAGACUGCGGUACAAGAGAGUCGGUUACACUUCAACAGAUACGAUGCUGUCUCGAGCGAGGUGCAGAUCAUCGCUAUUCUGACGAUUGUAAAUGCUCAUGCAGCCCUCAAGGUUGCUCAUCAUCCGCUGUAUUUGGAAUCGACUUCGAGCGAGAAUGGUCCCUGUAUGCGCACAAUCCAAACGCGAAUUUGUUGUGUGCCUUUGAGUGGCAAUCGAUCCUACGAGAAGUCCAUGGGGAGGACGCAGUGAAGGGAUUCCUGUUGUCCUUCAUUCGCAGGAUUAAGUUCGACGAGCUGGGUAUGACUCAUGUCUGUUGCCACCGGGGCUUGGGAUUUCCCUCGGAAUCCAGGUUCGAGACAUACCCGAAAGCUAUGGGCGAAGAGGAUAUAGUCGACAUCCUCGAGGAAGAGAGCGAUUUUAUUAAUAUACUUGAUCAGGGAAUGCGCGAUUUGGCUUUGAAGCCGGUGAAAGACCUGCAAAAACAGCUUCUGGAGAUUUUCAAAGAUAGAAAUGACGAGCACCUCAAGCAAAUCGCGAAAGAGAGGACGGAAGAUUCAAAGAGAACCGGCGAGGCACUGGAGGAGUUUCUUUCUUGGAAAGCAGAUCAUAAGAAAGAUGAGCUCGUGCAAGAGAUUCGGCUUCCCUCAAGAUGUUGGCUGCUGGAGUCCUGCAUGCCCCGAUCAUUGUCAGCGUAUGAUCUGUACCUUGACAUAGCAUACUCCAACGCAAAUGAUUCUGCCAUAGAAAUAUCCAGGCAGAAUUCACGGUAUUCAAGGCGCAUACAUUUGAUCAAGGAGAUCAUAGAAGUUUUCAGAUUGUCCACUGCUGACACAACUGCAUUAAUACAUGGCGAGAUCACUCUGGCCGGACUGGGUCUGAACAAGCACACCGAAAAGCAAAUCAAGGAUCGGUUCAAUGCGUUUCUUUAA